AUGAAGCCAAAAGUAUAUAUUUAUAUUUUUACUACUAUUUCUUUUAUAUUUAUAAUUUGUCUUUGGCUUAUUUACCGAAAUUUAUCUUAUAACCAUAAUAAAAUAAUAGUAAGCAAUGAUAUUAUUUUUGACGAUAAUCAUAUUGAUUACAAAAGAGAUAUUUUAAAAGACCAAUAUGAUCCAUGGAAAUCUCCAAUUAAAUAUUAUGUCCAAUCUCCUGUCUCAGCUGAAAAUGUAAAAAAAGCAAUAAAAGAAAUAACAGAUAAUACUUGCAUACAAUUUGAAGAAAUAACAGAAUUUAUAAAUGACACACAAGGAUUAUUUUUUAAAGAAUAUACAUCAUGUUCUUCACAAAUUGGUCAUGUAAGCCAAAAUUACUUUCAAGUUAUUAACCUUGCAUCAGGUUGUUACGAAAAACCCUAUCUUAUUUUACAUGAAAUAGGACAUGCUUUAGGCUUGGUACAUGAACAUUCAAGGAUUGAUAGAGAUGAUUAUGUUACAAUAAAUAAAAACAAUAUGGAAGCAGGUGAAGAAGCAAACUUUAAAAUACGUAAUUAUGCAUUUUAUAAAAAUUACUCAACUUCCUACGAUUUUUCUGCAUUAAUGCAUUAUGGACCAUAUGAUUUUUCAACAUUUUGGAAAGGAAUUUUUGGUUAUAAAGUCAUAGAAUCAAAAUUGGAGCGAGAAUAUGAUUUGAUGAUGGGGCAGCGUAAAAAAAUGACUUUUAAUGAAUAUAAACAAAUUAAUUUAUGUUAUUGCAAUUCUUGUAAUUGGGUUAAUAAUACUACUGGUAAAAGAAUAAGAAAAACAGCAUCUACAACUUCAUGCAAAAAUGGUGGUUAUCCAGAUUUUAAUGAUUGUAGUAAAUGUAUUUGUCCUACUGGUUACACAGGAAAUUUCUGUGAAAAAAUCAUUACAAGUGAUGAAAAAUGUGGUCCAACUUCUUUUAAUGUUAAUAAAACUGGAACCCCUAUAAUACUACAAGAUAAAAUGAAUUGUUAUAUUUUUUUAAAAGCUGACAGUAAUAAAAAAAUUUCACUUCAAAUAACCUAUGUAAAUGCACCACAUAAUGGAGAUACUUGUACUGAAGACAUUGCUUAUCAAGUUAAAUAUAGAAAAGACAAAGGUGCUACUGGUUUGCUUUUAUGUGGUCAUCAUCAGAAAUUUAUAACACUUAAAUCUGAAUCAAAUUCCAUUCUUUUAUUUUACAAAGGAAUUUCUGGACAUAGUUUAAUGACUUUUACUUUUAAACAAGCUGACUAA